AUGUUAAUCAGUUCAUUAGAAGGUGCUGAUAAAAUUGUUAAACGAUUAAAUACAAGUGAAAAAAUUAACUAUAUUCGUCAAUAUGCUUAUUUAAUACAUCGUCUAUUCUAUGUACAAUUACGAGAAAGUCAAUGGAAGUAUUAUUAUGAUAUUGGUAUGCAAGAAAAUAUUUGGUUCGGUCUCGUAUCAAAAAAAUGGGCUGCUAUGAAUAGUACGCAUCAUACUUAUGGUCGCUCAAAAACAUUAAUCUUUGGCAAUCCAUCAUUAUCUCAAUGUCUAUCUGAAAUGAAUCAUCCAUUAGAUUUUACAACAAUGUCAGCAAUGGUUACAGCUGUUGUCGAAAAAGGUCAACAUAAAUUAAAGCAACAAUUUGAAUAUAAUAAAAAAAUUUUAAAAUUAGACUCAACAGAUCAUCGUUUAGUACAAUAUGUUUAUGAUUUGAAACCUAAUAAACAACAAAUUCGUUCUAUUCGUAAUAUAUGA